GUUGGCAACACUGACCUGUGCUGUCUUUUCGCGUCUGCUUGCGUUUACAGUGCACAUUUGACAAUGGCGAAUGUUUUCUUUUCUCCUCGCGCGUACUGCAAAAUUAUUUUACACGCAGCGAAAUAUCCACAUUGUGCAAUAAAUGGCUUAUUGCUCGGCAAACAAAAGAUUAAGGACGGCAGAACGGAUCUGUACAUCGAGGACGCGGUACCUUUAUUCCACAUAUGUCUACAUGUUUCCCCAAUGGCGGAAAUAGCGCUUACCUUGGUGGACCAGUUAGUUACAAGCAAAGGCCUUAUACUAGCAGGUUAUUACCUAGCCAACGAGAACAUAAACGAUUUAAGUACAGACAGACCAGCUCACAGAAUAGCAGAUAAGAUUGCGGAGAACUUUAAUAACGCACUACUCGUUGUGGUGGAUAAUCGAGAAAUCACCCUAAAUAUGCAAUCUAGUCCGUUGAGAAUUUCACAGUCUGUAGAUGGCAAGUGGAAACCAAAGGAUAAGGCAAAUAUAAUUUAUGAAGGAGACGUCGUGUACACAGACAUAAUGUAUUCGUUACUGAAAGAAGAGCAGUAUAGGAAUCUGGUUGAUUUCGACAAUCAUCUCGAUAACAUCGCCCUUGACUGGCAAAAUCAGGAACUUAAUAAAAUUAUCGAGGACGUCGUCUACCUCCUCAAAUAAACAGACAGUACAAGCAUUCCACGGAAACAACACAAAGAUUGUUUAUUUAUAUUUUACGUUGCACUCUAUGUGUAUUUCAUUCACCGUAGGCGAAGUAACAGAUGUACAUAAGUUAUGAACUUUAUAAACGCCUAUCACCUGUUUUUAAA